AUGUGCGGAGAGGAAACGGUGUCUUGGAAAGAUAAUAGACCCUUCCGAGUACAGAAAGGGGAAGGGGAGAAAUUGAAGAAAGUCGUAGAGGGAAAACUUUUGGGAUCUAAAGUAUAUAUGUUACAGAGCAGCAGUACGUCCACUAUGCCUCCCUAUCAGCAGCGAUCAGGUGACGGUGACGAUAAUGAUAACAGACGCUUGAGGCUUGACGCAGUUCUUCUUGAGGCGGCUCAAGCUAGCGGUGUUGUUGUUGAUGUUGAUCCUGAAAAAAUACACAAUGAUGUGGUAUUAUUACAGUGGUUGUCCCCACUAUUAUCCCCCGCAUUGGUGAAUUCAUGUAACGAGGGGUUUAACGCAGAGGGCCUCAUCCUUGAUGCAGUUGAGAAUGUACUGGCUGCCUACAAUGAGUUGCUCGUCUCUACCUCUGUACCGCAAGGGGGAAGUGUGGAGUCUCAUUCUGCGUGUUUUCAACUCUCGCAUAUAUCGAUUGUGAAUCUCCGUUCUCUGUCAUUGUUGCUCUCACACAGACCGCUCUUCUCUUCACCGGUGAUUGCCGCCCUUUUUCAGUGUGUAAUUCUUGUGGUGAAAUACGCGACUCCAGAAGCCCUUAGGAGUGAGGGAUGCCGUGUCCUCGUAGCUCUUUUGGAUCUUCUUGCUUGUUUGCCACGAGGAGCUCCAACAGAUGGGAUGCCAAGUAUUCUGCGUGUUAGCCGCAUUACAGCGAGAAAUGUUAUGCGUCGUGUUGGACCUUAUCUAUUUCAACAGCCUCUUUUAGCUGUAAACGGGAAAGAUAAAGGUGGUGAAGGUGUUGCUGCUGCUUUUCCUGCCAGAGAAGCUGCAGAAAGCGGUCUUAUUCCGUGGAUGGAACGUCAUCUUUUACCACUUCAUGUCGUUCGUGGAACGUCAGCACAGGCGGAACUAAAGGAAGACCGACGCCUCGCUCUGUCACUACUAGAGUUUGUGCUCUAUGAAGAUCCUGAGAAUCGUGAGGGGACCGCCAAUAGUAACCGCAUAACUCUGCAAUAUCUUGCAGAUGCCGUCAAUUCAUUGUUGGAUGAAGAUGAGAACGAAGGUGGUGUGACUGGACACGAGAGAGAACAGGCUGUUGAAUUUUUGAAGCGUGCCAAUAAUGUCCUUUACCGUCGUGAAACAUCGUAUAACUAUCAACAUCAACUGCAACAAUUUGUUUUUUCUCAACAAUCCCUCCCAGAGGCGAAAGUUCGUGAGUUUCUACUCGUGAAGGAUGCCGUCUACAAGAGUGAGUUUGCGCAGUUGCAGCGCCACAUGGAGGAAGAGCGCGGAACACAGGAAGUCCUGCGACGUCAACUCGCUGAACUUGUAAGUGAGCGAGAGGGGAUUUACCGCGACCUGCAGAAAGACCUCAAUCAAGCAUUAUCACAGAGAGACGAUAAUAAUAAUAUGAAGUUGAGCAAUGGUGCAGCCUUUCCUAGUGACGAUCCUGUAAAGGCAGUGCUCGAACGUGUUGCCUCACUGGAGAAACUCACCGUUGCUUUAUACGAGCAGCAAGAUUAA